UAUUUAAAAGAGAGCGGAAGUAGCGAAACGGUUCCGCUCUUGUUGCCGCCAAAAAGAGGAAUCCUCAGAGAAGCUGGAGGAGAGGAGAGGAGAAGAAGAAGAAGAAGAAGAAAAAAAAAACCCUAAUCUCAUCCUCUCCUCCCCCAUUGGAAGCCUAAUCUUCUCUCUCUCUCUCUCUCUCUCUCUCUCUCUCGUUUUCAAUCACAACAGAUCUAAUCAAUCCUGCAUUCCUCGAUUCUGAUUUUCGGAGGGGAGUAUUGGUUUCCGACAACGUAAAUGGCUUCCCUUGUAGAUAUUGGUCUUGCAGCAGCUAUCAAUAUUCUAAGCGCAUUCAUUUUCCUCAUGCUAUUUGCUAUUUUACGGCUUCAACCAAUUUUUGAUAGAGUAUAUUUCCCAAAAUGGUAUCUGAAGGGGAUAAGAAGCAGUCCAACACAUUCGAGAACUCUUGUCAGAAAUAUUUUCAACGUAGACUCCAGAUCAUACAUAAGGUUUUUGAAUUGGAUGCCCGAAGCAUUGAGAAUGCCUCAACUCGAGCUUAUUGAACACGCUGGGCUUGAUUCUGCUGUUUACAUUCGGAUUUACCUUCUUGGGUUGAAAAUAUUUGUCCCCCUAACAGUACUUGCCUUUGCUGUCUUGGUCCCUGUUAAUUGGACUGGUGAAACUUUGGAUCAUGUUACUAAUUUAACAUUUAGUGACAUUGACAAGAUAUCAAUAUCCAAUGUUCCACCUGGAUCGAAAAGGUUUUGGGCGCAUUUGUCAAUGUCUUAUAUCUUUACAUUUUGGACAUGCUAUGUGCUAUAUAAUGAAUAUGAAAUCGUAGCUUCAAUGCGGCUGCGUUUUCUUGCAUCUGAAGAUCGUCGUCCAGAUCAAUUUACGGUCCUUGUGAGAAACAUUCCUCCUGAUUCCGAUGAGUCGGUGAGCGAGCAUGUUGAGCAUUUCUUUUACGUAAACCAUCCUGAUCAUUACCUCUCCCAUCAGGUUGUUUAUAAUGCUAAUCAUCUUGCAAAUGUGGUGGAGAAAAAGAUGAGCUUGCAAAAUUCUCUUGACUACUACGAAAAGAAAUAUAUUGAAAAUCCUUCCAAAAAACCAUCUACAAAGACAGGUUUUUGUGGACUUUGGGGGCGAUCUGUGGAUGCGAUUGAAUUUUAUACUGCUGAGAUUGAGAAGUUGACUAAAGAAGAAGAUACCGAAAGAGAGAAGGUAGUAAGUGACCCUAAAGCUAUAAUGCCUGUAGCAUUUGUCUCAUUCAAAAGCCGAUGGGGGGCUGCUGUUUGUGCUCAAACCCAGCAAACAAGUAAUCCAACAAUAUGGUUAACGGACUGGGCCCCUGAGCCUCGUGAUGUUUAUUGGCCUAAUCUCUCAGUUCCAUUUGUUAAACUCUCAAUCAGGAGGUUCCUAAUGGCCAUUGCACUUUUCUUCCUUACCUUUUUCUAUAUCAUUCCAAUUGCGUUUGUUCAGUCUCUUGCAAACAUUGAGGGGAUAGAAAAGGUUUUUCCAUUCUUAAAGUCAGUCAUAAACGGGGUGGUCAAGUCCUUCAUUCAAGGGUUUCUUCCUGGGAUUGCAUUAAAGAUAUUCCUUAUUCUUCUUCCAACUAUACUCAUGAUCAUGACCAAGAUAGAAGGUCACACAUCUAUAUCAGCUUUAGAGAGGAGGUCUGCCGCAAAGUAUUACCUGUUCAUACUGGUCAAUGUAUUUCUUAUGAACAUAAUUACGGGAACAGCACUUCAACAGCUUCAUAAUUUCAUCAAUCAGUCUGCAAAUGAAAUUCCCAAAACAAUUGGAGUGUCCAUGCCAAUGAAAGCAACAUUUUUCAUUACUUAUAUAAUGGUUGAUGGUUGGGCUGGAGUCGCUGCAGAGAUUAUUAGAUUGAAACCAUUAGUUAUGUUCCAACUUAAGAAAUGGUUCCUAGUAAAAACAGAUCAGGACAUGAAGCAGGCAACGAAUCCCGGAAGUUUGGAUUUCAGUUCAUCUGAACCUCGAAUACAGUUAUAUUUCUUGCUUGGGCUCGUUUAUUCAGUGGUCACGCCUUUCCUUCUGCCUUUCAUAGUCAUCUUCUUCGGUUUCUCUUAUGUUGUUUUCCGCCAUCAGAUUAUAAAUGUCUACCACCAACAGUACGAGAGUGGAGCAGCAUUCUGGCCAGACGUGCAUCGGCGUAUAAUUACUGGACUGGUAAUAUCACAUAUGCUACUCAUAGGAUUGAUGAGUUCAAAAGACUUUGCUGAAUCAUCUGCAGUGCUCAUUGCACUUCCCAUAUUGACUAUUUGGUUCCACACAUACUGCAAAAGUCGAUUUGAAUCCGCAUUUGUUAAAUUCCCUUUACAGGACGCGAUGGUGAAGGACACACUGGAGCGGGCCACGGAACCAACCUUUAACUUGAAAGCCUACCUUCAAGAUGCCUACGUUCACCCUGUCUUCAAGGAUGGCUACUUUGAGAGACCUACGGCCAUUGAUGAGGAAGAGAGCAACCCACUCGUGCCAACCAAGCGACAGUCUUAUAGGAGUACGCCAGCAGUAAGCAAAUAUGGCUCUGAGAUCAGUUCCGAACAUGAGGUGGGAAUUACAUUGUAAUCACCCUUUAAGGCAAGUACUCUAUCCAUUAUGAGAUUCGUUGAUUUGUCUUGGUUUUGGUGUUCAUGCUAAUCAAAUCCACAUUGAAUGGUAUGAACAUGAUCAAGUUGUGA